AAGUCAGUGGUGAGACAGAACAGAGAGUGAGAAAUAACAUCAAGACCAUAAAUAAGGAAUAAACACGAGGGAAGAAGGAAAAAAGAAGGAAAAUAAGACGGACCAGCCAGCCACCAUCAACCUUCUGCUCCGAGGAAAUUAUAAAAAGUUCUUCAAAAUCUUCCUCUAACUUCCUUAUAGUGACCCGUACAAACAUCUAAGUCAAUGGUGAGACAGAACAGGGAGUGAGGAAUAACAUCAAGACCAUAAAUAAGGAAUAAACACGAGGGAAGAAGGAAAAAAGAAGCAAAAUAAGACAGACCAGGCAGCCACCAUGAUGAAUUUCCGCGGUCUCCAUGGUCCCAGCUACUACCCGGGCUACCUGAGCAUGGACGACAUCCUGGCCACGAACGAGAAGCUGCCAUGUAAAUUCGAGAGGACGGUCGUUGGCUUGGGGUUCCUCGACUCCUCAAACCAAAGCAAGGACCUGGAGAAGGGCGCCCAACUGGAGCUUCCCUUCUGGCUGGCGAGUGCGCUGGGGCCUCGACGGAACAUUGUGUCCAGCCAGCUGCCGCGUGUCUUCAAUGAGAGAUACAGAGAGAUCCUCCGCGCUGACGCCAAGCUGGUCGACCUGCACUCCCUCUCACCCUACUUCUACGAGUUCGGCCGCCACCUCCUGCCACUCAUGAAGAGGGACGCCAACGCUCUCGGCAAACUGCUUGUUGAUACCCUAAAGAACAGGCUCCGAGGGGUGAUGGACGCCUCGCUGAACUGCCUGGACGAUGAGGCUACCGGGUACAAGGCCAACCUGGACCAGCUGGAGCGCUACCUCUUCCACACGGGCCGCAAGACUUUCCACGACCACCAGCUCUGGCUCGCACGACGCAGCCACAUCAUCAACGCAAAUGCCAACGCUCACCUCUACGGCAAACGCAAGCUGUCGGAGAUUAGCUAGCGGUGCCUUGGUGUUUGUUGUCGUAUAUCUUCUAUUUUCUGUUUCGUAAUCUUUUCUGUUUUUAUUUUUAUUUUGUCUUUUAAUGUCUACCGUUUUUCCGGCCCUUUGUUUUUAGGGAGUGCAAGUUGUCUGAGAUUAGCCAGCAGUGUCUCGGUCUUUGUUUUCGUAUAUAUCUUCUAUUUUCUGCUUCGUAAUCUUGUCUGUCUUUAUUUUGUUCUGUCGUUUAUUGUUUAGUUUUCCCUUCGCUAUGGUUUUAGGAAGUGCAAGUUGUCCGAGAUUAGCCAGCCGUGUCUCGGUCUUUGUUUUCGUAUAUAUCUUCUAUUUUCUGCUUCGUAAUCUUGUCUGUCUUUAUUUUGUUCUGUCGUUUACUGUUUAGUUUUCCCUUCGCUAUGUUUUUGGGAGUUGUCCGAGAUUAGCCAAGGUUGUCUUCGGCUUUUUAACUUUCUCCUUUUUCAUAUCUUUUCUCUUUCUGGUACAGUUUUUCGCUUCAUAUACCUUUGGGAAUGCGAGCGGUCAUCUGUUUUAGCUUCUCCUCCUCUCCCUUUUCCUCUCCUCUCUGUGUUUUUUAAUCUUUUCCAUCUUCUCUUGUUGUGUCUCCUCUCCUUCAUCUCAAAUCUUUCCUUCUCUUUCUACAAUAAGUUUUCGCCAUAUGUACCUUUGGGAUGCAAGCGCUCAUUUGUUUUUGUUUUCUCUCCUCUCUGUGUUUUAUAAUCUUUUCCGUCUUCUUGUUGUGUCUCCUUCUCUCCUUCCCUUUUCCUGUCUACUGUUUUUACGUUCCUAUAUUUUUGGGAACGCACUGUAGGAAUUAAGUUAGCAUUGUCCUUCUCCUUCUUCCUUCAUCUGUGUUUUAUAAUCUUUUCCAUGUCUGCUUGUUAUGUCUUUUCUUCUCUUUUCAUGUCUACUGUUUUUACGUUCCUAUAUUUUUGGGAACGUACGCUAUCGGAGUUUAGUUAGCAUUGUCCUUCUCCUUCUUCCUUCAUCUCUCUGUGUUUUAUAAUCUUUUCCAUGUCUGCUUGUUAUGUCUUUUCUUCUCUUUUCAUGUCUGCUGUUUUAAUGUUCCUAUAUUUUUGGGAACGCACACUGUCGGAGUUUAGUUAGCAUUGUCCUUCUCCUUCUUCCUUCAUCUCUGUGUUUUUUUUAAUCUUUUCCAUGUCUGCUUGUUAUGUCUUUUCUUCUCUUUUCAUGUCUGCUGUUUUAAUGUUCCUAUAUUUUUGGGAACGUACGCUAUUGGAAUUUAGUUAGCAUUGUCCUUCUCCUUCUUCUUCCUUCUCCUCUCUGUGUUUUAUAAUCUUCUCCAUGUCUGCUUGUUAUGUCUUUUCUUCUCUUUUCAUAUCUACUGUUUUUACGUUCCUAUAUUUUUGGGAACGCACACUGUCGGAGUUUAGUUAGCAUUGUCCUUCUCCUUCUUCUUCCUUCUUCUCUGUGUUUUCUAAUCUUCUCCAUGUCUGCUUGUUAUGUCUUUUCUUCUCUUUUCCUGUCUGCUGCUUUUACGUUCCUAUAUUUUUAGGAACGCACACUAUCGGAGUUUAGUUAGCAUUGUCCUUCUCCUUCUCUGUGUUUUAUAAUCUUCUCCAUGUCUGCUUGUUAUGUCUUUUCUUCUCUUUUCAUGUCUGCUUGUUAUGUCUUUUCUUCUCUUUUCAUGUCUGCUGUUUUUACGUUCCUAUAUUUUUGGGAAUGCACACUAUCGGAAUUUAGUUAGCAUUGUCCUUCUCCUUCCUUCUUUCCCUUCUUCUCCAGGCCUUACAAUAUUUUCACACUUUCUCAUUUCCCAUUUUCCCUUCCUCAAGAUCGAGUACUAUCACAUUAUAUUUUAACCUUGUAUUUUAACCGACCCUGAUAGCCUUUUUAACAAGUCAGCUCAUGUAACCCUUCUGCAGCUAACACCAAUUCUCAUUUUCUUAUGCGUUCUGACAGCCUGCCUCCUUGGUAAACAGUAAAGGAAACUCUGAGGACAGCUAAGGUUGUAAAUAAACUAUACCUGUCCAAACUCUCUAUAAACUACACCAAGGUAAACUAAUCCAGCUAAUACCUGUCUUCAUGAAAUCAAUCCCAUUUCCUUAUGUGUUCUGAGAGUCUGCCUCCUUGGUAAACAGUAAAGGAAACUCUGAGGACAGCUAAGGUUGUAAAUAAACUAUACCUGUCCAAACUCUCUAUAAACUACACUAAGGUAAACUAAUCCAGCUAAUACCUGUCUUCAUGAAAUCUAUCCCACCUUUGCAUUAUAUGAAAGGCGAAAUUUGGGUUACGAGAUACUUAUAGGCAUAGGAAAUAGUUUUGUAAAGGUGUAUAUAAUAAAGUAAUGGAUUUUUA